UCUCACUCAUCAUUUCUCUUCCUUCCUACAUUCUCUCUCUAAAAAGAAAGGAAAAGAAAAGAAAAGAAAAGAAAGGGAAAGAAAAAGAAGAGAGUGUAGGUGGAGAGAGUGCGCACUGCAGACAGAUCUGGGAGAAGACGAUGGGACACAACCAGAACCAGAGAUCUCUGAUCUACGCGUUCGUCUCUCGCGGCACCGUGAUUCUUGCGGAGUACACCGAAUUCAGCGGCAACUUCAACACCAUCGCUUUUCAGUGCCUCCAGAAGCUCCCUGCCUCCAACAAUAAAUUCACCUACAACUGCGACGGCCACACCUUCAAUUACCUCGUCGACAACGGAUUCACGUAUUGUGUUGUUGCGGAUGAGUCGAUUGGGAGACAGGUGCCUGUGGCUUUUCUGGAGCGCGUGAAGGAUGAUUUUAUUGCUAAGUACGGCGGUGGGAAGGCGGCGACGGCAGCCGCCAACAGCCUCAACAAGGAAUUCGGGUCCAAGUUGAAGGAGCAUAUGCAGUACUGUGUCGAGCACCCUGAAGAGAUAAGCAAGCUUGCUAAGGUGAAAGCUCAGGUUUCUGAAGUUAAAGGUGUCAUGAUGGAGAACAUUGAAAAGGUUCUGGACAGAGGGGAAAAGAUAGAGCUUCUGGUAGACAAGACUGAAAAUCUUCAUCACCAGGCACAAGACUUCAGGAAUUCUGGGACCAAAAUCCGUAGAAAAAUGUGGCUGCAAAACAUGAAGAUAAAGCUGAUUGUGUUGGCAAUUUUGAUAGCCCUGAUCCUCAUAAUAGUGCUCUCUGUUUGCCGUGGGUUCAAUUGUGGAAAAUAAGCACGGAGUCAUUUGACGUUGUUGUGAUUAUAUGUGAGGAAAAGAUGUGGAAUGAAUGGAUGACAUGAUUUUGUAUGUAGUAAAAAUAUGGGAUCUCUUAUAUUUUUCAUUUUAAGGAUUUUACAGUACCAUAUAAGAAUGCUUUUGGAAAUAUUAAUUUGUUUGUCAAUUGUAGUUCCAUUUUCAUUCACUCCA